AUGAAAGUGCAAAUACUUGGAAAUAUUGAAAAUGAGCUGAAGAAUGCGCUGAGCAGCAGCCUGAGCAGACACAAAAACAUCAAAGACGUAUCCGAUGAAAUAGGAAAAGAAGUGGGGUAUUUAAACGACACACAGAUAGAGUAUAUAAAGUACAGCCCAAUAAUGAACCAAAUGUUUAGCACACCAGCCAUCAUAAAGCUGAAAAGAUCCAAUGUUAGACACACGAUCAAUGCAUCUCUCUCCAACAAAAAGCCCGUGCUUAAGUACAGCGGAGUUGCGCAUAACAUACUCCCCAGUCUCUUUGGCUACAACAGAGUCUCUGUGGAGAGCAAUCUUCUUUAUCUGAAGAGCACUGUUUCUCUUUUUAGAAUAAACCGCUCUUACGGCCAAAAGACAGAAACAAAAAAGAAAACAGGAGUAGUAGACGCGCUAGCUAGUAUUAAUAAAAAUGUACGCAAUUCUCUAUUGAUCAACUAUGUAAAUGUGGAAGCACAGAUUGACAAAAUAAAAAGAUCAUUUGGCGUGGAGUAUGCCAUAAACAGCGCAAUGAAGAUAGGAGUAGAAGCUGAAAAAAAAGACGGCCAAAUAAACAGCAAAGCUGAAAUGUCUGCGAACCCUGUAGACCACAAGUACUCGAAGGUCAUAGCCACCGCAGGAGUCUACAGAGAGCACAAGGAGUGCACAGCCCUGGAAAAAAAAGAAGUUAUGGAUGCAGUUAAAUCAGAAUAUAAAACAAAAGACUCUUACGAUUACAACGCAAAGCUAAGUCUGUACUUUAAGUUUGUAUAUCCUAUCAUGGAUGCAAAGGCUUUGUGCCAAUCGAUAGAAAGCAAACUUGGCUCCAAGAAAGCAGGGCCUAUAGCAUAUAUCCAAAGCCUAUUCAGAGGAAAAACAUCUGCACAAAAAACAAGCAGCUGGCUUACGCACUACUUCCAGCAGUCUACGAUGCACCUUCAAGGAGAAGUAGAAAGCUGCAAAAAAGUUGGAGUAUUCACAAAAGAAACAACCAGUACGGCAAAGGCACUGGGCAUGAUAAAGUAUGCUAUAAAUAACUAUGGAGUGAUGGGAGGCAUUUUGGUAAAUAUUGAAGAGAGCCCUCUACACAGCACACCUUUGGCAAAAAGCAUUAGCCCGCUGCUGGGCCUCAGCUAUAUCCCAAACAGUUCUAUCAUCGACAGUGCAAGUAUAUUUUGGCCCUGGGAUAGCAUAAAAAAGAAAAACGGUAUUCUCAACAAGCUGUACGCCUUCGAAAUCAACAUAUCCAAGGAGUAUUAA